GUCAGUGUGGUGAAGGGCAGCCGUGGUUACCAGGCAUCCCAGUGUGAGGGGCCAGUUGCUAAGCCACACAAAUUCAAGUUCUCUCUCAGUCUCUCUGGGGGGAAGUUUUGAAAAAUACACGGUGAAAUAAGACCAAAAGAUGUAUUGCCUUGAAAGAGCGAGCAACUGGACCACUUUUGAUACGCCGAGAUUUUGAGAGCUCUCGCAGACACUGCUGUAGGAAAAGACACCGUUACACAACAUCGGGAAUCGGGAAAAGUAAAUAUUAAAGUUGAGUGAACGUGUCCUGCCCAGGCUCAUUUAGAGGAGGAUGAAGACCAUUUUGGAAGAAGAGAAACCCUCAUGUUGAGAAGGUGGCAAACAGGCAAACAAAAUAUUUUCAGGAUGAUUUUAUUAUACCGAGUGGUACAUUUCAUUUUCUUUGCCUCCGUUUCCAGUGCUGGAAUGGGAAUUCAGAUAUUUUUCUGAGAAUCUACAGUUCCUGUUCCUAAACUGGCCCAUUUUAAAUAGUGAGGUGAUACAGUGUAUCACAGCCAGGGCCAUCAAACACUAUUGAAAAACCACCACUCUGGAUCCUUUGUUUCAUGUAAACAAGGAGUUUUGACGAACAAGCAACAGGAAAAGGGAAAAGCAGGCGGCCCGUUCCAGACUUGGAUGUGACCCUAAGGAACAUCUUUGGCCAGGAAAGCUCUGAGAAACUAUUCAGUUACCCGCAAAGCACCCUCAUCUCCAAGAUAAUCCCUCAGAAGCACAGUUCCAUCGAGGCAAAUGUGCCAUUUUGCGAUUUCUUUUUCUGUCUGAGGCUGCUCAUCCAAUCAACCAACAUCAAAGGGUUGAUUGCUCUGAUUUCCAAGUUCAGGCGCAUUUCCUGGGAAGUAGACCUACUUCGCUUGCCUUUGUGAGAUUAUUAUUUAAUUCGAUACGUGCAACUAAAGCCCCCAAUAAUUCAUGCCACGUAUUACAUCACAGAAUGUGUGACUAAGCUGUUCACAGAUACCGGCUUUCAAGGAGGAGACGUGACUACCGUUUUCACGCCAAGCGCCAACCACUGUCAGCUUAUCUGCACCCACCAUCCGAGAUGUCUGCUUUUCACCUUCAUGGCUGAAUCGUCGUCGGAAGAUCCUACCAGAUGGUUUACUUGUAUCCUGAAAGACAGUGUAACAGAAACACUGCCAAGGGUGAAUAUGACAGGAGCAAUUUCUGGAUAUUCUUUCAAGCAAUGCCCACAUCGAAUAAGUGCUUGCCACAGGAAUUUGUACGUGGACCUGGACAUGAAGGGCAUGAACUAUAAUAGCUUGAUGACCAGGGAUGCCCAGGAAUGCCAAGAGAGAUGCACAAAUGAUGUGCACUGUCACUUUUUCACAUAUGCAACGAAGCAGUUUCCAAGCACGGAGCAUCGAAACAUUUGUCUGCUGAAGUACACCCACAUGGGGACACCAACCAGAAUAAUGAAGCUCACUAAAGUGGUGUCUGGAUUUUCACUGAAAUCCUGUGCGCUUUCUAAGCUGGCUUGUAUCAGGGACAUUUUCCCUAGUACGGCAUUUGCAGACAGUAACAUCGACAGUGUCAUGGCUCCGGAUGUCUUUGUCUGUCGCCGCAUUUGUACUCACCACCCCAGUUGUUUGUUUUUUACCUUCCUUUCUCAAGAAUGGCCAAAAGGAUCUGAAAGAAAUCUUUGUCUCCUAAAAACAUCUGAAAGUGGAUUACCGAGUACACGCAUUAAGAAGGACAAAGCUCUUUCUGGUUUCAGUCUGCAAACCUGCAGGCACAGUGUCCCAGUGUUCUGUCAUUCCUCAUUUUACCACGACACUGAUUUCUUGGGAGAAGAACUGGACAUUGUUGACGCGGAAGGGCACGAAGCCUGCCAGAAAAUGUGUACCGACUCCAUCCGCUGCCAGUUUUUUACCUAUUCGCCAUCUCCAGAAUCUUGCAACGGAGGGAAGGGUAAAUGUUACUUGAAACUCUCUGCAAAUGGGUCUCCAACGAAAAUACUUCAUGGGAGAGGAGGCGUCUCUGGAUAUACAUUAAGGUUAUGUAAAAUGGAUAACGUGUGUACGACCAAAAUCAAGCCCAGAAUUGUUGGAGGAGAGGCAUCUGUUCAUGGUGAGUGGCCAUGGCAGAUAACUCUGCACAUCACAUCACCUGCCCAGAGACACCUGUGUGGAGGCUCCAUCAUUGGAAACCAGUGGAUACUAACAGCUGCUCACUGUUUGAUUGGGUUAGAGUCACCUAAGAUCUUGCGUGUCUAUAGUGGCAUUUUAAAUCAAUCAGAAGUUAAAAAGGACACAGCUUUCUUUGGGGUUCAAGAAAUAAUAAUUCAUGAUCAAUACGAAAUGGCAGAAAGUGGGUAUGAUAUUGCCUUGUUGAAACUGGAAACGGCAAUGAAUUACACAGAUGCUCAGAGACCCAUAUGUCUGCCUUCCAAAGGAGAUCGAAGUAUAAUAUAUGCUGAGUGCUGGGUGACUGGAUGGGGGUACAGAAAAUUAGGAGACAAAAUACAAAAUACUCUCCAAAAAGCUAACGUACCCUUGGUGACAACCGAAGAGUGCCAGACAAGAUACAGAGGGCACAAAAUCACCAAUAAGAUGCUCUGUGCAGGCUACCGAGAAGGAGGGAAGGAUGCUUGUAAGGGAGACUCGGGGGGCCCCCUGUCCUGUAAACACAACGACGUCUGGCACUUGGUGGGCAUCACCAGCUGGGGAGAAGGCUGCGGUCAGAGGGAACGGCCGGGGGUUUACACCAAUGUGGUUGAGUACGUGGACUGGAUUUUGGAGAAAACUCAAGCGGUGUGAAAGAGUCCCCAGAUGUCAUGUGACCCCUGAAAGGCAAACCAGAGUCUUCCCGGGAGGAGGGUUUUGAUUUGACUGAAGAAGACAGACACCGCGCCGCCAUGUUCCUCCGCGGGAUCCAGUGUCAAGACAGUAAGGCGUUGAGGGGCCUUGGUAUUUGUGAGCCACACGUCAAAAGACACAAGCUGUCAUUUCCGCAAUUCCCAUUGUAUGAUAAUCAUAGUUUGUUUUCAGCAUCCAGUCUCUUGCCUUUUGAUCACACCUUACUGAGCCAAAGAAAUCCGUUUUUUAAGAUUUUUUAAGAUUAAAGGAUUGCCAGAUAUA